AUGCGCGGUGCCCAGCCCCUCAGGGUGGCGCGCUCGCCCUGCAGGGGGCGCUCGCGUGCGGCGCCCCGGGGAGCCGCAGCGCCCCCUGGAGGCUCCAGAACCCCGGGGAGCCGGGAGCCCGCACCUGAGGGGCGCCGUGUGGCCGUCAGGCCAGUCCCAUACCUGAGUGGGCUGGAGCUGGGCCAUGACAGGACAGAGCCUGAGACCGGGAAAGUUUACUUCACUGACCACAAGCAUCUCAGGAAAUUCAGAGCACAUCUUCAGAUGCCACGUCUGCGCCAGUCAGAAAUAGAAGCCUAUGAGUUAAUUCUGCAAUUUAUAGACCAAAAAGACAUGUCCCAGAUGGACAAGCUGAGUUUUCUCAGGGCUGUGGAGACCUUAAGUGGUGCUGUACACUCCCAACCAAAUGGCUGCAUGAAUGAUUACUAUCCCCAGACCAUCCUCACCAAGAAAAUUGAGACAUUAAUCCUGGAAGAAUCCACUUCGAGUUUGGGCAGCAACAUUCUUCAGCAAGCCAUGCUGUGCAUUGUGGCCCUAAGCCAGGUGAAACCACCUUUCAACUUAUCCCAGAAGCUGGACCUGGUCAAUGCUGCCAUCUCCAUCAUGUUCUCUCUGCCGCUCAUCUUACCUAGCCUAGACAGAAAAGAGAGUGCCAGUCUCUAUAUCCAGACCACCCAGGCCCUGGAUGACAUGUUACAAGCACUUGUGAUGGAAGAUAUGAACCCCAACAUGCUCAUACUGCAAAACUUCCUGGAGAUCAUCCUGCCUUGGGUAACCCUGUCAGAAAAAAAAUACGAGCAGAACCGGGCCUUGGGCACCAUGUCCCGCUUGUUGAGGUUCAUCUGCAAUUUUUCUGAACUGUUGCACAUGUCGCUUUUCUCCAUGACUGGGAAAUUGAUGGGCAUCUUGGGUCUCCUCAGCGUGCACUCGAACCAUGAGGUCAGCAUGGAGGCAUCAGAGGCCUUGCAUUACUUGUUCAAAAUCCUUGUGCUUCAGAGAAGUGUAAAAGCGAAGAUAGAAGAGAUCCUGAAGGACUUACAGAAACAUUUCCGCAGACAGUGGCUCUUCAGCAUGCAGGACCUUGCACUGUUCUUCAGGAAGUACUUGACCCCUUCGGAGAGAGCUGAUGUGAUCAUCGUGGCUAUAGAAGCCAUGGCAAGUACCGACAUCCAGGAUACCCGGGCGGCCUCCAAAGUGUUUAAGGUCCUCCUGAAACACACGAUCCCAGAAAUCGGAAAGGUGCCAGAGAUCAUCCAGUAUAUUUACUACCACAUGAGCAACAUCACAGAGAUCACAUCCCUGAAUGCCAUAAAGAAGAUCUUUCACAUGUUCGCCCAGUCCUACACUGAUGAAGUCAUCCUGACGCUGAUUAAGAUAGAAGAUCAGUCACAGAAAGGAGUGCGCCAGCCUUGGGAAAUCCUAGCAUCCUUCCCCAAAGACUACGAGCUGAUCCUGGAGCAUCUGCUGCAGAGGCUGAAGCCACCUGUGGAAGAGGAGUCUGGCCGCAGGCCAGAGCUCUCCCCGCUCAUUGCCACCAGGGCCGUCCACGAGCUGCUGCUGGAGCCCAGCCGGCGCCUGGAGGUGCAGACUUUCUUCUCGUCCCUCUUCCUAGCACUGCUGUUCCGGAUCUCCUUUCUUGUGUUCGAAGGGAGGGCCGAAGCAAUGGAAGAUCAACCCUACGAAACGAAGUGGGUGAACCCCAUCAGUUUUUCCACAGACACCCUGAAGACCUUGAUAAGCAGUUCAGGGUACGGGGACCACGUGGUUUACAUCCAGGAGCUUGGAGGUUGGGAGCGGCUUAUGGAUCCUGAAACCCACUACGAAGGAGUCACUCUGCUGGCCAGAUCCCUGGUGGUCAAGAACUGCUGGCACAACCGCCCCAUCUUCAGCCUCCUCAUCAGGACCCUCCAGGAUCUGGACUGUACCAGUCACGUGACAGCCUUGGUGCUGCUGGCAGAGCUGCUCCACUGCCCGGAUGUGAGCUCCAAUGUGGAUGACAUUGCCACCCAUAUUCUGGCAAGCUGGUUCAAGAGCGAGGAGCUCGCCACAGUGAAAGUCCUGCUGCAGGUGACGGAGACCUUCGCGAAGCACAAGAACUUGCUGCGACGGCUGGGCAUCCUGCAGCCCCACGUGCUCAACUGCUGCUACUCCUCCAACCCUGACAUUGUGAUGGAGACCUUCCUGACGCUGCAGCGCCUCCUGCAGGACCUCAAGUGGCAGUACUCCUCUUCCUUCCUCACUCAGCUGGCCUUCAUGCUGUCCACCUUCUUUGAGGCGGAGUCCCAGCCUCUGCGCUUGAAGGCCUUCCAGAUUUAUGCAAGUCUCCUGACCAAGACCAAGAGGAAUGUCCUCAUCUUCCCCCUGAGGCACCAGUUCCUCAACUUGAUAGUCCUCCUGGUGCUACACAUGAAGGACGAGAACAUGGAGGUGCGCCAGAUCUGCCAGUACAGCCUCUACAAGACAGCCACCAUCCUGGGCUGGUCUAGGCUCAAAGCAGUCUUUGUCAACCACGAUGUGUUUACCAUCCUCAGAGCCCUGCUGCAGCAGGAGACAAACAAAGCCCCCUGGUUUCUGAAGCAGUGCAUAGUUCUCUUCAAGAGCCCCCAGACCCCCAUCCGCCUGAUAGCUGUGUGGUUUGCAGGCCAGAUCAUCCAGGUCCUCAACCAGGAAGAGGUGGAUGAGAUCGAGGAAGAGUAUUCCUCCUUAAGGCUCAUGGAGAAAGACCCGGACCCCAUGGUCAGCUGCCUCACCAGGCAGACUCUCUACGUCCUGGAAGCCAAGGACCAGCUGCUGCGGGCCCAGCCCCGCAGGUCCGGCCUCUGCUGGAGGAGACCCCAAAGGAGCUACUUUUAA